AGCAGACUUCCUGCUCUUUAAUCUCUCUAUCGAUUUUGUCAAUUCAAUUAACAUUCGAAAAGUUUUAACACGGUGCAGAAAUUGACGCGUUUGCAAAGCCUUGUAUAUAUUAUUUUUUCGACCGUUUUCACGAUCUCUAUCGAAACGUCAUGCCAAAGCCGAAUUACUUCUCUGCUCACUUGACGAUCUUGAGAAUUUUCGGUCUCUGGUCUUACGACGAUUCGGAAUCGCGAUCGUCAAGCUCGCCGAAGUCGUUUCUCUACUCCGUAUACCAGGCGACCCUCCUCUUCACCUUUGCAUACCUCUUCACAGUGCUCGAAAUAAUCGAGCUACGUUUCUCAUGGGCAAAAUUCGACGACUUUAUAAGUAACGUGUGCUACGCUAUUGUCCACACAAUGGCCUGCUUGAAGAUAUCGUUGAUACUCGCCAGAGCGAGUGACAUACGGAAAAUUAUCAACAGCUUCGAAAACGGGCCUUUUCAAAUUCGUCCCGGUGAGAAAACUGACGAGGAAUAUCGACUCGUCUCGCAACGCGUUCGUCGCACCGAGAAAUUGCUCAAGAUUUACUUCACCAUCGGCACUUCCGUCGUCAUCAAUGGCCUCCUAUGUCCGCUCUACGUUUCUUCCGAUUCUACGAGCCACGAGACGAGGGUAAAAAAUUUCACCACGGAACCUGAUCGAGGGCUGAUUUCUGGGGACGAUAACGAAAUCGUUUCACGGAAACUACCGUACAUGAGCUACUUUCCCUUCGACGUUGGAGUGACGCCUUAUUACGAGCUCGCCUACGUUUACCAAGGUAUCAGCCUGAUGACGUUGAGCCCGAUAAUCGUUACGACCGACGUUCUUUACGGCAGUAUUCUUCUGCACAUUGCUACCCAGCUCGGAAUUCUCGCCCGGACUUUGAUCUCCGUCAGAUCGAUCGGGGCUAACAGAUUGCUCCGAUACGACUUGUACAAAAGUCACGGUAACGGUUGGAAAUUCGACGAUGGGGAAAUUUUUUCGAGGAAACGAUUGGACGUGGAAAUUUAUCGGCUGUUGAAAAAUUGCGUCGCGCAUCAUCGCGCCAUUAUAAGCUUGGCCGAGAAUAUGGAGGAAAUAUUCAGCACACUUGUCUUGCUACAGUUUCUGAGCAAUUUGGUAAUCAUGUGUUUUCCACUGUUUCAAAUAACCUCGGUACCCGUAAUGAGUUUUCCAUUUUUCUCUAUGGUUUCCCUGAUGACCGCAAUGAUGUACCAGCUAUUUAUAUUCUGCAAUUGCGGCGACGAAGUUACUCAGCAAAGCCUGCUGGUAGCCGAUGCUGCGUGUUUUUGCGAUUGGUACGAAUUCUCAUCGGCUAAAAUGCGUCGUGCCUUGUUAUCGAUCGUUCAGAGAUCUCAGAGGCCCUUGAGACUUACAGUUGCAAAAUUCGCAACACUUUCGCGCGAGACUUAUCUCAAGUUUUCAGGUCGUUCAAGGAUCCGCAUCGUAUUUUAUGUUCCUGCGUAAAAUGCAUCGUGCGAACGACGACGACGAGCAAUAAAAAAAAUCCGGAUUAGAUAACAAGAGGAGUAUAAAACUUUACACGGUUCGCGCUGCAACUUUACGUGUCUGUGUUGCACGCGUGUGUGGUUAAGUAUGUGUUUUGUAUGAAGAAGGAACAAAAAAAAAAAAAAAUAAUGAUAAAAGAAAAAGAAAGAAAAUCAAACGCACACAUGUCACACACUGUAGUUUUAUUGCACGACUCCUACAAGAAUUUCGCCAGCGACGUUAACGGUUGUGACACGAGUAUUCUGGUAAUUAACUUAGCUUAAUUUAUUGUUAAAGUUUUAUGAGAAACUUUUUUUCGACUUCAAAUUUCACCACGCAGAUAUUAAUAAACGACUGUAAGAUAAA